CACAUCUCAUACCACCCCUCCCUGAGAAGUUUGUGAUGAAGGGGGUGGUUGACCGGUUCUCUGAGGAGUUUGUUGAGACGAGAAGGAAGGCUCUGGAUAAGUUCCUGAAGAGAGUGGCUGACCAUCCUGUCCUGUCGUUCAACGAACACUUCAACGCCUUCCUCUCUGCUAAGGACCUGAAUAAGAAACAAGGCCUAGCCCUGCUCUCUAAGAUGGGGGAGUCGGUGAAGUACGUGACGGGAGGGUACAAGCUGAGGAGCCGACCCAUGGAGUUUGCUGCUAUGGGAGACUACCUGGAUAUGUUCACACAGAAGCUGGGUACUAUCGACAGGAUAGCACAGAGAAUCAUCAAAGAACAGUCUGAGUACCAGGUAGAGCUGCGUGUGUACGGUCCUGUCUAUACUACCUGGGCGUUGUCGGAGGCGGAGCUACAGGAGCCUCUGGAGGGCGUGGCCAGCUGCGUCGCUAGCUGUUCCAACGCUCUGGACGAACUCACCCAGGAUAUGAGCGAAGACUUCCUGCCUGUGCUCCGAGAAUACGUCCUCUACAUUGAUUCCAUGAAGAUUGUUCUGAAGAAGCGAGAUAACAUCCAAGCUGAAUACGAAUCUAAACUGGAAGCUGCUGCUUUCCGGAAAGAGGAAAGAGCAUCAGCCACACAGGUGCCUACAGACGUGGAGAAGUGCCAUGACAGAGUGGAGUGUUGCAAUGCUGACCUGAAGUCAGACUGGGACCGCUGGCAAAACAACAAGAGACAAGACUUCAGACAGCUACUCACUGGCAUGGCCGACCACAACAUCCAGUACUAUGAGAAGUGCCUUGCAGCGUGGGAGUCUGUCAUUCCACUAUUACGGGACAAGCAGCCACAGGAGACAGAAACGGAUGAAGACUGAGAGACUACCGCCUUUCCUCUGGACAUUACAUCUCAAACACUUCUCUACCUGAGUUACCAGUGUCAACAGACACUCUCAAAGGGAAAUUGCCAAGGAAAUGAGCCUUUUUGGGUCUACGGACAGAAAUCGUUUUUUUUUUUGUUUUGGUGUUUUCUAUUUGUGAAACCCAGUCGGUCCGACGUCCCAUCUUUCCUGCUGGAAUCCACAGAGGAGCAGAGUGGAUGAAUGAUAUCAUGUCUGUCUGGAAAGCCCAUUUUGUUCCUUGUCGCACACCGAACUAGCCUUGGCUGUAUUCACUAGAAACCAAACGUGGAAAAACCAGAAAGAUACCAGGAGGGACUACUAGAACGUGGCCAAUGUGCCGAAUGUGACUGUGACAUCACAGACGGGCUGGCCGAAGGAAAAGAGAAACUUAUAUCUACUUUUUUUUUUCCCCCCCCCUGUUGUAAUUUUCUAGUCUGUUGAGAAAUGUUUGUUGCCAAUGAUCCUUUUUUAUAAACAAUGCUGAUCUUUUGAUUGUCUCUGAUUGUCUCUGAUGGUCUUCGAUGGUCUUCGAUGUAGCCUAAAGCCUCUGAUAGUCUCUGAUAGUCUCUGAUGGUCUUCGAUGUAGCCUAAAGUCUCUGAUAGUCUCUGAUGGUCUCUGAUAGUCUCUGAUGGUCUUCGAUGUAGCCUAAAGCCUCUGAUAGUCUCUGAUGGUCUUCGAUGGUCUUCGAUGUAGCCUAAAGCCUCUGAUAGUCUCUGAUGGUCUUCGAUGUAGCCUAAAGCCUCUGAUGAAUGAAGCAGCAGUAUCAUUGUGUUUCUGUCUGUUUACAGAAUGCUGAAGAGCACUAACUGAUCCAGCUAGCCUCCUGACCAAACAUUUAGAGGAACCUACCUUACUGUUAAACAUACCGUCUGACCUCUCCUGGUUGAUGUUCUUACACACCAGGGUGUGUUCACUGGUAUUCAAACCAGAGCAAGCAGGCUGAAAUGGGGGAGAGAAUAACCAUAACUUAUCCAAUAACAAACGCUUUGCUUUCAUUGCAAAAUGUUUUCUGUGCACUAAUGAAUACACACCUAUUCUCUCGUUACAAAGAAACAUGAACCGCGAGAGCACACAAGAUUUGGUUCUGGGUUGUCAAGAUUACACACACACCAGGCACUUCCUCUUGUUCCCAGACACUUCCUCCUGUGCCCAGACUCUUCCUCCUGUUCCCAGACACUUCCUCCUGUUCCCAGACACUUCCUCCUGUUCCCAGACACUUCCUCCUAUGCCCAGACACUUCCUCCUGUGCUCAGACACUUCCUCCUGUGCUCAGACUAUUCCUCCUGUGCUCAGACACUUCCUCCUGUUCCCAGGCACUUCCUCCUGUUCCCAGACACUUCCUCCUGUUC